UUCCCUUGGCAACCACUUCCUCCGAGCUCCCAACCCGGCCAUCUUUAUUUAACUCAUUCAUGAAAAGUUUUUGUAAGACACUGGAACAUUGUUGCAUUUGGCUACGCAUCUAACGAACCACGGGACACAUUGAUAUUAUUUUUGUAUCCGCGUGCUCCAGCGUGUGCUACAUCGUAGCGUAUUUCUGUCACAGCCAAAGUUGGACUGAAAGCGUUAGAAUGAGAAAAAAGCAGAAUGUGAAACAGAGAAAGGCAGAAACAAUAAUAACACCAACACCAUUAACAACAACAACGCUAUCAACAACAACAACAGCAGCAGCAGUCGUCCAGGAGUUUGUGGUUGAGAAGAUCAUCCACCGAAGGGUCUUCAAUGGAAGAGUAGAGUACUAUCUGAAGUGGAAAGGAUUCACCGAUGCUGACAACACCUGGGAACCAGAGGACAACUUGGUCUGUCCUGAACUGAUAGAAGAGUUCCUGAGAAACCUCUGUUUGUCUGGAGAGAAUCAGGUUGAGGAAGAGAACCUACGGCCGGUGGAACCGGAGCUCGUCCCCAAAGAGGAACUGGCAGAACAGGAGACUGAGAUUCAGGUGUACAGCGAGCAGAGACAUAAUGACCUCCAGGAACCUGCUGACCAGGAUUCUCCUACUGCCCUCACGUGCCCCCUGGAACCUGAACGCAUCAUCGGCUCCACAGAAAGACACGGAGAACUCAUGUUCCUCAUCAAAUGGAAGAACCGUGACGAGGUGGCCCUGCUGUCAGCCAGGGAGGCCAGCGCCAGGUAUCCUGAGGUGGUUGUAGCCUUCUACGAGGACAAACUCACCUGGCACUCUGGGGACGAGGACCAGUAAAGGAUGUGUGUGUGUGUGUGUCGUAGAGUGUGUGUGUGCAUGUCAGUACACAAGUAGGUAUGUGAACUGACAAGCAUCUGUAGGCAUCUCAUAGGUUAAUUUCUCCUCCAGAGAACCAAGGUCCUCCUUGAGCUGACAUUAAAAGCACAGUGUGUGAAACGAUGUCCUGCUGCAGGUAGAUUGAGUCAUCGUGGCAGGUGUAAAAGCCCUCUACGGGGUCUUCCUGCUUCCUGUGGUGCUGGGUGAGGUCACAAUGCCUUUGGGGUGUAGUGCAGCGUGUGGUGGAGUUCAGAACCAUUCAUAGAGACGUCUAUCUCUCUCUGUGGCCCUGAUUGAGUUGAAACUAAUGAAAUGAAGGCAGACAGCCUGUUCACACUGAUGAAUUCUCCCCCCAGUCUAUUGGACAACCUUUCAACCCGAAGCUCUUUGUCAAAGCCUGACGAAGGGCGCGAGUAUCUCUCUGGAUAACAUGCCUUUGUUUUUUGGGAUCCAGCACUUAAAAGUGACUGGAUGUGCGUACACUACGUUUGAAGAGUUGAAACUAACCCUUAGCAUUCCUUUCCCAGUGUCUUCAUGUACUGCAGCAGACGGAAUCACUGUGGACACUGUGUUCUGUUUGACUACUGAUACUGUGGUCGUAGAACCCCAUGUGAUUGUAUUGGAGUUUCGUACUAGAUUUAGUUUCUUGUAUCUUCUGCCUCCGGGGCACCUUGGCCACAAGGCUCUCCCUCCGGCUCUUCCACUGUGAGAUGUCUGUUGUUUUAUUAGGUAGGAUACUUAUCUUGUGUAGUAAUGGGUUCACUGUGAGAUGACUGUUGUUUUAUUAGGUAUAGUAAUAUUGUAUAGUAAUGGGUUCACUGUGAGAUGUCUGUGGUUUUAUUAGGUAUAGUAAUAUUGUAUAGUAAUGGGUUCACUGUGAGAUGUCUGUGGUUUUAUUAGGUAUAGUAAUAUUGUAUAGUAAUUGGUUCACUGUGCAUUACACUCAAUAGAUAACUACUGGCCACCUAAUAUGAUAUCUGCACUUUUUACUUUUUGCCACAAUCCUUGAUAUUGUACUUUUUGUGUGUGUGUGUGUGUGUGUGUGCGAUUCAAAGUUGAUAAAUGUGUUACAUUUAGUUUACUGACAAAUGUAGAAAAGUGUUGAAUGAUAGUAGACUGACGGUAUGCUGUUUAAUAUAGAGCAUGAUAGUAGACGGUAUACUGUUUAAUGUAGAACAUGAUAGUAGACGGUAUACUGUUUAAUGUAGAACAUGAUAGUAGACGGUAUACUGUUUAAUGUAGAACAUGAUAGUAGACGGUAUACUGUUUAAUGUAGAACAUGAUAGUAGACGGUAUACUGUUUAAUGUAGAACAUGAUAGUAGAUGGUAUACUGUUUAAUGUAGAACAUGAUAGUAGACGGUAUACUGUUUAAUGUAGAACAUGAUAGUAGACGGUAUACUGUUUAAUGUAGAACAUGAUAGUAGACGGUAUACUGUUUAAUGUAGAACAUGAUAGUAGAUGGUAUACUGUUUAAUGUAGAACAUGAUAGUAGACGGUAUACUGUUUAAUGUAGAACAUGAUAGUAGACGGUAUACUGUUUAAUGUAGAACAUGAUAGUAGAUGGUAUGCUGUUUAAUAUAGAGCAUGAUAGUAGACGGUAUACUGUUUAAUGUAGAACAUGAUAGUAGACGGUAUACUGUUUAAUGUAGAACAUGAUAGUAGACGGUAUACUGUUUAAUGUAGAACAUGAUAGUAGACGGUAUACUGUUUAAUGUAGAACAUGAUAGUAGAUGGUAUACUGUUUAAUGUAGAACAUGAUAGUAGACGGUAUACUGUUUAAUGUAGAACAUGAUAGUAGACGGUAUACUGUUUAAUGUAGAACAUGAUAGUAGACGGUAUACUGUUUAAUGUAGAA